CCAGUUUCUUGAAGUUGGGGAUGAUAUGGAACAGGAAGGCAUACAGUGCCACAUACUGUGGAGGGAAAGAACCAACACAGAGUGAUGCAGCGAGAGAGAGAGUUGGGGAGACCUUGAGUAGGCCCUCGGUGGGUGCCCCGGGAGAGACAGCAGACUGGACCAGCUCACUGCAGCCCACCACCACAUUCAUCAGUCUCUCACAGAGGGAGGAGCAGUGGCCCUCUGCCUGACUCAGACCUCCCACACUACUGCUCUCAUCUGUAGGGAGACCCAGAGCGCUGAAUCACGUAGCUGGCAAACAUGGAACCAAAGACAGAGGUGGGGGAAGAAGUAUUGUGUAAGCCAAAGAGAGAGAUGGAGCCAAAGACAGAAGAAGAACAAAAAGAAGUAAAGUGUAAGCCAAUGCUGAAGACAGUAAAAGAGCUCAAGACAGCAGAGAAAGGGGAAGAAAUAAAGGUGCUGUUGUGGAACAUAAAUGGUUAUAGUUUGGAUAAAGAAAAAUCAGCCGAAGGAGAAGUGGAAAUAAAAGUGAUGGGAUCGGGCAUAACCCCACCUGCUCGCCAUGCAAUAGUCGCCAGUGUGGUUGAAGAGAAAGACCCAGACAUACUGCUGCUACAGGAAAUCACGACCCAAGUAAUAGUGGGUGAAAUUGUAAAAGCAGGCAAGGUAAAGGGAAGGGAAUACAAACAAAUAGUCCCAAAGAAGGAGGAGGGGGCCAAGAAGACCUCUUCGGAGGAAGCCAGAGUCUUGUAUGACACCAAAAAAUUUGAAUCACAGCUGAGAAGAAAUGAGCUGGGUCUUGCAAUAGAGACUUUAGAUAAAGACAAAACUACCACGUACAACUUAGAGAAAGAGAGGACGGAAAACCGAGAAAGGCAGGCGUGGGGAAAGUUGUCAUGGAGCGUGUGGCUGGGUUUGCCUGAGGAGAAAGGAUGGCCCCAAUGCCGACAAAAAGAUCACUUUUCAUGUCUUUCCACAAUUACAACAGCACUGUAAUAGUUAUGAGAGGUGCCAGAGUUUUCUGUGCAGGCAGUGGCAGCAAUGAAGACUCUGACUGGAUUAUAUGUUGUGGCUGGUGUGGACUUCAACUGUGAAGAAGAAAGAGCUUCACCCAACGCAUACAAGAGAGCCUGCCGCAUGCCACAAGCGAAGGGUUAUACAUCCCAGAUUAUAAUAUGAGCGAAAGGCGUACUAAAAGUAAGAAGAAAGAUGAUCGAUUUUAUUGUCACAACACUCAACCCAGAAGAAGUUAGUGUUGAAGUAGUAGAUUUCACAGCAUCCGAUGGCAUUGCUUCAAACACUUAAACGGAACGGUAGUUGUAGACUCUGAGGGGAAAAACGCAUAUCUACAGCAUCGAGGAUUAUGGUAUUACAGUGGACCACGAUCCUCUGUUAUGCACGCUAACUUGGUAGACACCCUCUCCACAACUAAGUCUAGCUGAACAGAUAGAAAAAGAUUUGCAUAUAUAGGUCUAAUAAUGUACUUUGUAUGUUAUACUGUUUGAUAAUA